AUGGCAGACUCUAAGACUAAAAAAGGCAAAAAGCGAAAAGAUAAGAAAACACCUCAAAGUACCGGUGAUGAGGAUAGCUCCAGUGUGUCUAGUGUGAGUGAAAGAGACCGAUCUGAUACCAGUGGUCAAAUUGGACGUCGUGUGGGUUCAGCAGCAGUGACAAUUAAUAGGGAUGAAUACCUCCAAGCUUAUAGAGACUUAGCUUUCGACCGUAAUCAAUUACAAAUAAAAAAUAGCUUACUGCACCGUCGACUGGCCGAGUACUACAGAAAAAGAAAGCUCGAACAUGUUUUGAAACCACUGGAAAAUGCACCGCAUUUCGAAGAAAAAUACCAGCAAAAAUUGUUCGCUUAUCAGGAACUGAAGGAAAAAGAAGAAAUUGAGAUGGCAGACAUAAAAACAAAACUGAACGCUGUACAAGAGGAAUUCGAAAAAAAACGAGAACAAGCCGAGAAAAACUUCGACGACCUUCAAAGUUAUGAGCGAACCACAGGCACUGGUCUAAUUUACUCUAAAAAGGGUAAACCUAUAGCGGAUAAGACCGUAGAACGUUUUCUGACAUUACAAAGGCGCAAGAGCGAACAGUCUUCGGCGCUUUGUUUGAGAUACAUACGAGCUAGAAAUGCUGUAAAUGAGCUUGAAUCUAUUGUACGCAAAUUAGAAAUGAUCGCCCCCGGAUUGAAUGUAGCUCAGUACGAACAACUUCAAAUUGAUAAACAAAAUUAUUUGUCAAAAAUAGAAGAAAGGGACGAUGAGCUUAUAAAAAAUCGAACCAACUGUACUGAGCACAAUCAAAUCCUUGCUCAUAUAAGAGAAAAGAUGCAUCACACAGAUGAGGUCAUAGACUUUGCGGAGUGUGACUUGGGGGACGCUGAAAUAGAACUCAUCAGGGCGCGAGAAGAUCUAGGGCACAUUAAAAGUAAACGCGACAAACUCCGUUGGUCCCUGGAGGCGGAACGGAUAAAAGCCGGUUUGCUAACAAGGCGAGAUUUGUUGCGCGAUUAUCAGAACGCCGGUGACGAGGUGGUGAGACUUAGGGAGAAAAAGAAAAUUCUUGAAAAUCAAAUCAAAAAGACAACGGCACAGUUGAGGGAAGCAAGAAAGCGUAUGUUACUAGAAACUUGUUCUGUUGAUAACAACGACGAUUCUCUUAUUGUUUGCCCAAAUUUUUAG